AAUACCACAGAAGACGAUAAUAUUAUCUUAAAGACUACAUAUAUAAAAAAAUCAGGAAAUGAAAAAUGGAACGAAACAAAUUUCCCGACGAUUGAGGCCCAACGAUUGUUCCCAUAUUGGGACAAGCCAAUAAGAGCCACGUUCAACGUUUCCAUAAAACAUCACUGCAAUUAUUCAGUUUUCUCAAAUAUGCCGAUACGACAAGAGAAAAUAUACAAACAUAAAUUAAAUAAUACAGAAACAUGUAUGCAAUGGACAUACUUCGACACCACUCCUUCUAUUCCUGCUCAUCUCGUGAUGGUUAUGAUUUCAUCGAUGCAUUUCUAUCCCAAUAAUGGCAUAGAUAAGGAUUACUUCUGGCGCAAUCCAGACUCAGAGCAUGUACAAUUUGCGGAAAGAGUUUCAAAUAAAAUCAUAAUGAAGUUGAAAUUUGAAUGGUUUAAACCUCUUAAGAAGAUGAAAGUUCCGAAACUGCAACUUGUCGCAAUCCCAGGUUUUCGAAAUGAUAUUAAUAUGAACUUCGGUUUCGUCGCAAUAAGAGAAACAAGUGUUAUUUACAAUGAAAAUCUACAUUCUGUUGCGCAUAAAAUUGAAGUGGCACAAUUGAUAGCGCGUGGAAUAACAUAUCAAUGGUUCGGUAAUUUAAUUAAUCUACCUUGGGGGUCUGAUUUGUGGUUAAGUGAUGGUCUUACAACAUUGUUCGGAAUAGACGUUGUGAAUGCCGUUAAUGCUCUCGAGCAUUACAAAAGUUCGAAGAUGUUAGAUUUAUUCAUAGUUCAGGCUCAAUAUGAAUCUCUUCAGUUGGAUGAUUAUAAUCUUACGCAGUCUCUUCUAUCAGGUGCCAGCAGUCUUGAAAUUAAUUCACUUGCCUCUUAUUCCCGUUACAUUAAAGCACCUUUAAUAUUGUACAUGAUGCAAUAUUUGGUUACUAAGGAAGUGUUUUGGAAAGUUGUCUACCGAUAUUUAAAUAUGCGCGGUAGAAAUGAACAGCCUCUCCACAUUGAUAGCGAAUCUGAUGUGCUUCACUCGCAUCAUAAGAGUCGUUGGUGACAGACAACACACACAAGUCUAUAUACAAAAUUAAACACAUCAAUAUAUUAUUAAUCAUAUAUCCCCCAAAUAAUGCUGGAAAUGAUCUUAAAUAUCGAAACGUUCAUUUUUCGUUAAUUUUGAUUAAGUCGAAUAGAUUAUUCACGACUUAAAUCCGCGUCUGGCUCUAAUUUGUCUUUUAUAUAUUUGUAUUUGCUUAUAUUGUAUGUUAUCAAAUGCAUUUGACAAUAUACAAUAAUUAAAUGUUGUCAAAUAUACGCGUUCAAUAUCG